GGCUCGUGGCUCAAGUAGCUCUUCAAGUAUAAGUGAGGCUAUAGAUAGCUUAACGUGCUGUACAGAUAGAACGGAUUGCAUUCUAUAUUAUUUUAAUAUAUGGCGACGAUAACGGAGGACGUGGGGAAUCAGAGAGCAAAAACGGCUGAAACGGGAAUCUGGAUACUCGAUCGGACUUGCAACAAUCAGCCAUGACGGGAGAGGCUACCGUGAGGCGGCAUUUCCGCUGGUUAUCUAUACUCUGCGAACUUUUAACCGGUGUUGAGUCACUACGAGGGAAAAGAAGACUGGUAGUUGAUGAUGCUGAUUGUGAGUCCUUUUGUACCCUGAGCUGCGCAUCUAUUAACAGACCAAUUGCUCAUGGACGAGUUCAACGCUGCCUGAUAGGAUGUUGGCAAGAUAUUCUCUUAUCGCAGCACGAACAAUAAAUGGUUUGUGCGUUCGGCUAGUAUGUAAAUUUCUGGUGACUGAG